CCUGCGGCGGGCGGCGCUGACGGCCCCGGCGCUGACGGCCCGGGCGCUGACGGCGGCGGGCCGGGGGGGGGUGUGGACGCCCGCGCCGCUGGCUGGGGCAUCACCGCGGGCCUCGACCCAGAAAUGGCGCUGCUAGCCGAGCACCUCCUGAAGCCGCUGCCCGCGGACAAGCAGAUCGAGACGGGGCCCUUCCUCGAGGCCGUGUCCCACCUGCCGCCCUUCUUCGAUUGCCUCGGGUCCCCAGUGUUUACUCCCAUCAAAGCGGAUAUAAGUGGCAACAUCACGAAAAUCAAGGCCGUGUAUGACACCAACCCCACCAAGUUCCGGACCUUGCAGAACAUCCUGGAGGUGGAGAAGGAGAUGUACCCAGCAGAGUGGCCCAGAGUGGGGGCGACGCUGGCUCUGAUGUGGCUUAAAAGAGGCCUCCGCUUCAUCCAGGUCUUCCUGCAGAGCAUCUGCGACGGGGAGCGUGAUGAGAACCACCCCAACCACAUCCGCGUCAACGCCACCAAGGCCUACGAGAUGGCCCUCAAGAAGUACCACGGCUGGAUCGUGCAGAAGAUCUUCCAGGCAGCAUUGUACGCAGCCCCCUAUAAGUCUGACUUCCUGAAGGCACUGUCCAAGGGGCAGAAUGUGACGGAGGAGGAGUGUCUGGAGAAGACCCGCCUCUUCCUGGUCAACUACACGGCCACCAUUGACGUCAUCUAUGAGAUGUACACCAAGAUGAAUGCCGAGCUCAACUACAAGGUGUAGGUGUGC